AUGGACGAAAAGACGAUCGACUCGAUUUUCGCGGGCUCGCUGAAAUCCUUGCCACCGGUCAGCUCGAAGAUCGUGCGGAUUUUCACCAGCUCGACUUUUACCGAUACGUCGAUGGAGCGAAACACUCUGAUGGCCCAGUGUUAUCCGAAACUUAAGGACUACUGUCGCGAAAAACACGGCCUGGAGUUUCAGGUCGUGGACAUGCGAUGGGGAGUUCGAGACGAAGCGACGGACGAUCACAUGACGACCGAACUCUGCAUGCGCGAGAUCGAAAAUUGCCAGCGAUUGUCCAUGGGACCGAAUUUCGUGGUUUUCCUGGGCCAAAAGUAUGGCUACCGGCCAAUUCCCACCUACGUGCUCAGCUCCGAGCUCGAAAUGUUGAGGAACGAGUUGGACAGCCAGGGCACGGACGUCGGCGUUCUCGACACUUGGUACAAGAAGGACAGCAACGCCGUGCCCCCUACGAGCAUACUACAACCGAUUUCUUCGAUCCUGAAAAACUUUAACAACAAAAGAAUACCGAAACUGCAACAGGAGGACCAGGCGAUUUGGUGGGAGACCAUGGUGAAGAUGCAAAAGAUGUUCCGCAAGGGCGCGCAGUCCCUGUUCAACAACGGGAAAUUCGACAAGGACACCAUGCACAACUACUUCAUGUCCGUAACCGAGCGAGAAGUCAUAAAUGGAUUGUUGAACGUGAAAAACACGAAGAACCACUGUCUGGCGUACCUGCGCUACAUAAACAACAUAAACCUGCAAAACCUGAGAAAAGCGAAUCUCUACUUGGACAUAAUCAACCGUAGCUUGGACAGCGAAGCCUCGAAGCUGCUGGCCGAUCUACGGGACGUCAGGGUGCCGAACAAAAUCGAGAGCACGAAUUUACAAAAGUACACGAUCGAAUGGAUCGGCCGAGAGGGCCUGGAUCCGGAGACGCACAGCGAGUACUUGCAGCACUUCAUAACGCACUUUUACCGCAACAUCAUCAAGCUGGUGGACAGAGCGAUGAAGAAGGAGGACAGUUCCGCCCAGGGACAAAUCAUCACGGAAAUACUCCAGCACCUGCACGCCUGCAACAAUUCCGUCAGGGUUUUUUACGGUCGCGAGCAAAGCUUGGUAAAAAUCGAGCAUUACAUGCUGGGGGAGAGCGACAAGCCGCUCGUGUUGUAUGGUGAGGGCGGCUGCGGCAAGACGUCGCUUCUGGCUAAGAGCGCGGGACUAUCGACCGUCUGGCUGGCGGGAAAGAGGCCGAUAAACAUCAUACGGUUUCUAGGCACGACGCCCGACAGCAGCGCCCUCACACCCACCCUGAUCUCGAUAUGCCAGCAGAUCUCCUACAACUACAUGCUGCCCUUUGAUGAGAUACCGGACGAUCUGGUGCCAUUGACUGCGCACUUUAAGCACCUGUUGACCCUCGCCACGGUCGAGCAGCCGAUCCUCCUGUUUCUCGACAGCGUCGACCAAUUGACGGGCGUCCAGGGCAACAAAUUGUCUUGGCUGCCCACCCGAUUGCCCGCCAACACAAAGAUGAUACUCUCGUGCGCCGCCGAGGAAUCGAACCCCGUUAUAUCCAGGGAUUAUCACCUCCUUCGACGGAUGAUCGACACCGACGACAGCUUCAUCGAGGUCACGGCCCUCGGCGAGGAUUUGGCCAUGGAUGUUAUUCGCAUGUGGAUGAAGACGGCCCAUCGGGAUUUGAACAACUACCAGUGGCGGCUGGUCGCCAACGCGAUAUCCAAGUGCUCGCUGCCGAUAUUCGUGAAACUCGUGUUUGCCGAGAUCUGCCGUUGGCGCAGCUACACCAAGCCAGCCGACACCCACCUGGCCAACACCGUCAUGGACAGUAUAAUGAUGCUGUUCGAGCGGAUCGAGAAGCAACACGGGAAAAUCCUCGUGUUUCACGCGCUAGCUUACAUAACGGCGGCCAAGUCCGGGCUGUCCGAGUCGGAGCUCGAGGACCUCAUAUCCCUGGACGACAAGGUCCUCGACGACGUCUACCAGUACCACUUGCCACCAGUUAGGAGGAUACCACCUCUACUGUGGACGCGCAUCAGGAACGAUCUGCCCAACUACCUGAGCGAGCGCGAGGCAGACGGGGUGAGCGUCAUGAACUGGUACCACAGGCAAUUCAGGGACGCCGCGAGGGAGAGGUACUUCAAAAACAUGAAUCUCGCUACGUACUUCCACUCGAUGAUAGCCGACUAUUACCUGGGUAUAUGGGGCGGUGGCAAACCCAAGCCUUUCAAGUUCACCGAGAUACAGAGGCAUCGGUUCAAUCUUCAGGAUAAAGAGGGUGUGGCCGACAGGAAGGUCCCGGAGCAGCCUCUGGCGUUUUACUCCAAGGAGGGAAAAUUAUCGAGAUACAAUCUCAGAAAGUUUGGCGAGUUGCCCUUCCACCUGGUCCGGGCUCACCGGUUCAAGGAUCUGUUUGCCAAUGUGCUCUUCAACUACGAGUGGCUGCACGCCAAGCUCAGCUCGUGUCCCUUGCAAGCGGUUCUGUCCGAUUUCGAGGAUGCCUGCCUCAACAUCGAAGACCAAAACCUCGUGAGGGAAUUGAUGCUGGUUGCUGACGCGUUGCGCCUGGGUGGUGCCAUUCUGGGCAACCAUCCAGAUAUGCUGGCGCCGCAGCUCAUCGGACGGCUGCUCCCGGAAAUCGGCAACAACGCCAACGUCCGGAUGCUCCUUAGAGCUUGCGACGACGACGGUGCCAAGGACUGUGCUCUGUUGCCGGUUUACCAUUGUCUCCACACUCCCGGUGGACCGUUAAAGUAUUCCCUGGAAGGACAUCAGUUUGCUGUGUUUGGCUUCUGUUUGACGUCGGAUUAUCGCUACGUCGUUUCAAUAUCGAAUAAAUUCAUCACCUGGGACUUGAGCACGAGCGACAUGACGAAAGACGUGAAUCCAGGGAUCGAGGGGAUAAUGCAGCAGUUGGUUCUGAGUCCGGACAACAGAUACGCGGCCGCUUACACGAAUAAUAAUCAGUCCGUGGUGUUGAAUACUUUGACGAGUGAGUUUGUGAUCAUCGACAACCCGUUGCCAAACGAGGAGCCGGUGCGCGGGGUCUACUUGAUGAAUCAGUUCGCGUUCAUUUACGGUAAGAGCGGCUGGUGUAGGUUCGACUUAAGGGGCAAUUUGAUCGGUAACCACACGAGUCCCGAGGAUCCGAACGAGUGGUCGAUUCUAGAGCUGGAAUAUAGUACAUUGGACGAUUAUAGGAUCAAUUUUUGGUCCGGGAACCUGGACAAUCCUAAAAUGUUGCUUCGUACUUAUCGAAACAAUGUGUAUUUGGAUCCAUUUUUGUUUCACAGUGCCAUGGUUAUGACCAAAGAUAGAAAGACCUUGUUUGCCUGUACAAUGGAAAAUAACUACCAAGUGACGAUGUACUCCCUUGAGGACACGUCAACUUGCUGGACGAGAGUAAGAGACAUGCCUAGGGCACAUAACGACCAGGUUGAAUACGUGUUGCAAUUGAAACUCGACAAGGAAAACAAAACACUGCUCGCAACUACGGGAAAUGGAUUUAUAGUUUGGUUCCUGGAGGAAAAUACCGAUGCUAUUGUCCUUAUGCUUCCCAACGGAGUGAGAAACAUUCACACGAGAAUGAUGUGUUCCAAUUCAAUAAUGAUCAGUGGCACUAAGGACUACGCAGUUGCUGGUGUGAGAAAAAAUUUGUACGUUUGGAGUUUGACUACUUCUGAAUUGGUUAAGGUAUUGGAUGCGCAUUUUGCACGAAUCAUACAGUUAGAGGCUCUCAUUGUUGGUAAUUGGAACAGCGUUAUAACGUCAAGUAUCGACAGAAGCGUCAAAGUAUGGAACAUAAAUAACAUCUUUGAGCAAGUUCACGUAAUCGAUAGACACGAGUUGCAAAUAGACUCUUUGUGUUUAGCAGAAGACUGCAAUCUUGCAGUAACGGUGACUAGGGGUUGCGUUGGAGUGUGGGAUUUGCAGUGUGGCAAAUUGAUUUCGAAAUUAGCUGACAGUCCGCUGGGAGCUAUUGUGACACAUGCCAGUAUUACUCGUGACGGAAAGUACAUUAUAUCAACUGAAUCGGGAAAUGUUUUGAUUUGGAAUCGUAUUACUGAGCAAGUGUUAUUUAAAGAAGAACAAGCAGAUGUUAAACAACUACUACUAGUAGAUGAAGAUACCAAGUUUGCUACAAUUUCUAGAGAAAAUAAUCCCCCCGGAGUUGAAUCGUUAAAAACUAUAGCUACUUUUACUUUAAGAAGCAUACCAGAUGGAACAAUACUAUUUAUUUUCGAAUACCCUGUAAGAAGUAACACUGGCACACCAUUUAGAAAGGUCGUAAUCACUUCUGAUGGAUCGUACAUUGUGAUACCAGGAGCAGAAAAAAGUAACAGAGACUGGAUUAUGGUGUAUAAUGCCAAAACUGGCGUUAAUAUCAGUAAAAUACCCAUCAAGUUGCCGGGAUUCAAAGAUAUAAUAUCCAUUGUUCCAAUGCCAAACAAAGCCCAGUGGGUUGGUAUUAUUGGCACUGACAAGGGCACUAUUUUAGAUAUCCAUAAAAAAAAAAUUAUCAGGUCCAUUCCAAAGUGGAGUGGAAAUAUUAGCAAGGAUGGAAAAUACACUCUUUAUGCUCCCAGCAGGGGAGGCUUGGAACUUAUUGAAUUGAAAAAAGGUACAACAGUUAAAACAUUCAUUCCAAAAGUUGCCGAGGGAGUAUUUACUAUUCUUUCUGUGUUCAAUAGAACAGACGAAUAUGUUCUUUACUAUCACAGUGGUAGAAAAACCAUCAGGGUAUUUAGAUCGUCAGAUUGUGAAAUGAUAGCAAACUACAGGGUACAGGCGGAAUUAAGUGCAAUCGACAGCACGUACGAUGGCAAAGGAAUAGUUUUAGGAACUGUUGAUGGUUGUGUGUCAGUACUAGCUAUAGCAGAUAUCGAAAAACCAGACAUGAAAGAAUACUUGGCAAAUUUACCUUCCCGGGAUGAAGAGUGGAAAAAACGCAUGGAAAAGCAGCGGGCAGCCAUAAAAUUCAAGGCUGUGGCCCGUAUUGCUCAAGUUACACACGAUUUGACGAACAUCGUGCGAGCGUAAAUUGUCUCUUUUCCUUCAUUUUUUAGAUUUUAUUUGGUUCUUCGUCAAAAGUGUAAUUGUAAUAGAUGAUUGAUUUAUUAAUUUGUCAUGAACAUAAUUGCUUCAUUUA